UCCAAACACACACACACACAUCCACAUCAACCUGAUAAUACAGAGUAGGACGCGCGAGCCAUUGGGUGGAGCAGCAGCGUCGCGUGCUGCGGAAUACAUUCUAACAUUCAGCAGGUCGUUAACGUUGCGCGCGCGGCUAGGUUGCAGAUGCAGGUGGGGGGAAAUGGCGAACGGGCGCGGGCGGCGGUGGUGCGCCUUGUGAGGAUACAGUAGUGGCAGGCGGCAGCUCGAGGACAGACGGGAGAAGGAGAGGAACCAUGGAGGACUCGGAGCCCGCAGAGGACGGCUUGCUCGCGGGCUUGCGGUGGAACCGGAGCGCACGGGACCAGGCUCAGCUCAAGCACAAAAUCCGGGAUCUGCCGGGGCUACUGAAGCACGGGCUGCACCUGCGGAAGAAGAGCCAAUCACCAGACACUAUCCCUGGCCCGAGCACUGGACCUACAGUACACAAGUCUUGCUCCCAGAGUUUUCCAUGUGCUGGCCGGGCUGUGAGGAAUGCCUUCCUCUCUCAUGGACCAUACCCAGCUAAAGACAAGAUACACCUGGCCAGAAUCAUACGACGCAGCUAUGUGGGCGUGGAGCUGGUGCAGUGGCUGUGUGAGCAGUGUGUGUACGUGCGCUGUCGGACUACUGCUGUGCGUGUCUGGCAGGUGCUGCUGGAGCUGGGAGUCCUGCUGUCUGUGGACCAGCGGGUGGUGUUUUCGGACUCAAAUUCUUACUACCAGUUCAGCUUUGAGGAGUGUGACUCCGCCUCCUGUGAGUUUCGCUCCAAUGAGGGGGAGUGGCCAGAAGCUGUCAGACUUCUCUUACAACUUGCCCCAUAUGUCCAGUUCCGCUCAGGAGGUGGAGCCAACAGCCCGUCAGAGGAGGACUCUGAAGGCAACAGGGACAUCUGCAGUGAGAUUCUCCAGAUGAAAGCUCUCGAGAGGCUCACUUCUACGGUACAAAGUGAGUUGGCAGCUGCUCUCGCCCGAAAGACUCGCAAAGCUUUAUCAGAGCAGGACUCUGAGACGACGGAGACGAGCCACCAGGAGCCUCGCACACCCAGCGAGGAGAGCAGCCCGCUGGGCGGGGUGUGCGCGUUGCGGGACAGCGGUGGCAGUGGCAGUGGAGGAGGGAUGGGGACCGUGUGCGGCCGCGAGGAGCUGACCAGUCGGCUCGGACUGGAGGCCGUGCAGCGUCUGGCCAAGGACGGCUGUCGGCUGCUGCAGAACCACAACUACCGGCUGCCUGAUAGAAACCAGGCGGAGGCGUUGGGGAGGGUUUGCCUGAAGGAGAGAGGACGGGACGUGUUGGUGUUGCAAAGAGUGACAUCAUCAGUGACGUCGCCGUCAGAACGGCCCUCACCCACAUCUUCAGGGGGCGGGUCCAGAGAGGAGGACUGCGACAAGAGGUAUGUGGUGGUGUCGGGAACGCCGCUCAAGAUCUUGGAGCAUCUGCUAAGCGACCUGCGGUUGGAUGACCAAAGAGGGGCACCAGAGAGCAGGGAGAGCGAAAUGCUGCUGGAUGACUUCCUGUUGACCUACCUGGUGUUCAUGUCCACCCAUGACCUUUGUCAGGCUCUGCUGGGACACUAUAGCAGCGCCCGCUGCAGGGGCCAGGAGGAGGGCAAGGACGCCCUCUUCAGGAAGCGUAAGGUACUGCAGCUGGUCUCCCACUGGAGCAGACUCUACAAGGACUUCCUCAAAGAGGAGGAGCACGUCAGGAGCUUCAUGAAGACUCUCUACAGGUGUGUGUUAGAAGAUCUGUAUGAGUUCCCUACUCUGGAGAAAGACCUGAAGGAGUUUCAGAAGCUUCUACGUCGCAGACACACAGUGGAUGACUGCCCUCCAAACCAAAAGAGUAAACAAAUGUAUCAGCAGUUGAGUUUGAAGGAAAACUGUUUGCAACUCCGAAGUCCGCAGUCUGAGACUAGAGAGGUUAUUUGUUGCGUGUACGUGAGCGCCGACUCCUACCUGAGUGUCCACACACACCCCUCGCUGGAGGCUCACGAGCUGCUAAGGAUUGUGAGUCUGAAGAUGGACAGAGCAGAGGAAGACAUGAUCCUUGCUGUAGUCUCGCACACUGGAGAGCGGAGGGUGCUACAGCCCAGUGAUUGUGUGUAUUCAGAGUCUCUGACCCCACAGGGGAAGCUUGUAGCCUGUCGCAGGGACCUCACAGAGAUCUUGCCUCCCUUAACAGACAGUGCUGAGCUAAGCAAGAGGCCAGUGCGACUUUUAGGAAUCAACACCUGGGACGUGGCAGCUGCUCUCACACACUUGGACUGGAGCCUCUUCAAAUCCAUCCAUGAGCAGGAGCUGGUGUACUACACCCUCAGCCGUGCUCCUGGUACCGCCCACACAGCGGCGCUCUCAGUCCUCCUCCAGCGCUGUAACGAGGUGCAGCAGUGGGUCAUGUCCGAGGUGCUCAUGUGUGUAUCGCUCAACAAGAGAGUGCAGUUGCUCAAGAAGUUUAUCAAGAUUGCAGCUCAUUGCAAAGCUCAAAGGAAUUUGAACUCUGCAUUUGCCAUCAUCAUGGGUCUCAACACAGCAGCUGUGAGUCGACUCAACCAAACCUGGGAGAAAUGUCCGGGGAAGUUCAAGAAGCUCUUUUCAGAGUUGGAGCUCAUCACGGAUCCAUCUCUUAACCACAAAGCCUACAGAGAAGCCUUCAAGAGAAUGAAACCUCCCAAGAUCCCUUUCAUGCCUCUUCUCCUGAAAGAUAUUACCUUUAUCCAUGAGGGAAACAAGACCUUUCAUGACAACCUGGUCAACUUUGAGAAGCUGCAUAUGAUCGCAGACACGGUUCGAAUGAUUCGCCACUGCCAAAGUGACCAACCAGGCAACGAGGUGAUCGGGGUCGACAGUGCGGACGUGAGGGCGAGCGUUCACUACCUGCACAUUAUCGACAAUCAGCAGACGCUUUUCGAAUUGUCACACAAACUGGAGCCACGCGCCUGAACAGGCACACACACAGGCGUGCCCUCAUACACACAGACACAAAGACACUGGACACAAUGCAAUGGGAAACGCUAGCACUGAGUGUGUGUGCUGUGUAGGACGAAAAAUGUCACGCACACACACUCACACAUACACACUGCAACAAAAUCUCACUACCAGCAGUGGUGCCAAGCGGAAAAUAAGGUGCCAUGUUUUCUGACAAAACCCACAUAAACACGGAGCUCAACUCAGCCUCCGCCACAGCAGUUCACAUGUGUUCUCUAAAGGCUUUAUGACAUUAAACGUGUGCUUAUAAAGGAUUUAUAAACUCUGUACAGACUCUGUGAACUGAAAGGAAGAGAUUCAGCACAGCAAGGCAGAGAUUUGCCAAACUGAGAAAGAGAGAAGAGGAGGAUGUAAUUAGUUUGUACAGUAUCUAUUGGACUGAAUAUACCCUUGUUUUUGUUCUUGUGAUGAGCUUUUGGUUAUUUAUGAGCCUGUUCAGCAGGUGGAAUGUUUCCUUUAUUUCUGUCAAAGUCUCGUCGCCCCACUGGAGGUCAACAAGGACUUGAUAGCCUCUUCAUCAUUUCAAUUACAAACACAAAAACAUCUAUAGAGGAGUUAGAGGUGUUUAUAACCUGACGGCCAUAAUCUGCCCCAUCAAUGGUCUCAUUUUAUUUCAUCUACAUAUCUGCCUCGUGACGCAUGUAUAUCCAAGAUACAUGCCAUAGUUAUUUAGGUGUAUAAUGUAAAGCUUGUUUUGGUUAUCGUGUGGUAGCAUAUUAUAUAACGCAAGCAGCAACCGGUGCAACAUUUCAACAUGCCUAUGACACCUUUUUACCUUUUGUCACUGGAGCUCUGUCUUUUAAGUAAAAAUGUACAGCCCCAGCGAGUGAAAAAAGGUGCAACAUUAACAGUGUUUUGGACCUGGCAUGUGAAGGAAGAAGUGUGAGAGGUUUUUACUGACUGACGAUUAAAACACUCGAGCUGUCCUGAAUGUGCCAGAGUUCAAUAAUGAAUAGUGACUGGUUAUCAGUUCUCCUUGUUUUCCCUGUUUUCAUGUUAGUCCUGGUUGACUUUUAGCCAAACACUCAUCAUGCACUCCUCUCACUGAACUGUGAUGUUUUUGUGUGAUAAGAUAUAAUUUUACAUUGUAUAUAAUAUGGACCUAUACAUUUUUUCAGUGCCAAAUGUUACAUUGAGUCCUGCAGCAUAGAUGUACUGUAGAGCUCUUGGUUUAUUUAGGAAUCAGUGUGUUUUUUUUUAUUUUUAAUAACAUAAUUUGAUUUCCUUCAAAGAGCCCUGGGAUGAUAUCUGGUCCUUGAUCAUGUAAUGCAGAUCUGACUCCUCUCAGAGGUGCUUUCUGACAUUCUUAUGACUGACUUCAAGGUGUGUGCGUGUGCGUGUGCGUGUGUGUGUGUGUGUGCGUGUGUGUGUGUGUGUGUGUGUGUGUGUGUGUGAGUGAGUGAGUGAGUGAGAGAGAGAGAGAGAUGGCAUCCCACUCACCUCGGGUUGCUAUGGAAACACAGUCCCAUCAUAGAGGGUUAUUUUUUUCUUUAUUUUUCAACCCUUGAAGUAUAUUGUGUUAACAAAGAUAGCACUGCACAACAGAACUUUGUUAAAUAGCUUUAUUCAACAAAAUCAUGUUCAUGAGGAGAUUUUGACAUUGACACUGACUGAAAAGAUGAGAAGUGGUCUUAUGUGCACAAAGAUUUCACUGUCAACAACACAGGGUUUGGACAGAAUAAUUGAAGCACUAUUGCAAGACUGUCUGGCAGGAGUUAUAUAGUUUAAGUUGACAUAUUACAAAUAGAAAGACUUGGUUAAUUACAGUUAUCACUAGAACAUUGAUUCUGAUCAUUUGAGCUGUCCCACUACAUGUUUGCAAGGAAAACCUAUCCUUUCUGUAUCUGAUCAAUUUUCAAAUAUGGAUAAAAUCUUCCUGUUUGCUAUUCAAAUCACUGAGGAUCCUUCAGUUUGUCUUUUUGAUAAUAAAAUGAUCACUCUGACUGUUAACAUCAGGGAAGAAGUGCAGCAUGGGAUGAAGGGAAUCUCUCAAAAAUUAUAUACCAUUGAUGAUGCAUACAAAUUAAGACGAGACAACCAGAACCAGCAGCAUUUUUCACAUCUGGCAGAUGUUAUUAGUGUUUGUAUUAAUUUGUCCUCGCCCUGUGUUUGUUUAUGCACAACAAUUCACUUCAAUGGUACAUUUCUGCUGAGUAGAUGGUGAGAUUCCUAAAUGGUAUGUAGCGAUGCAUGUCUGGCAUUGUUUGAAAAGUUAUAAAGCAUGGGUGGGGUUAAAGUGCAAUACAGUAGAAAUGUUUUUGCCACAAGUGUUCAUCAUUGUUGUCGUCAUCAUUUCAACACUAAGCCUUUCAGAGCACAGAGCUGCAAAGAUUUUAGUGCCAAAAGCAUCUUUGGUUCAUUACAAGACAAAAUCCAAAGAUGAUCUGAAGGUGAAGACACACUUUUAAAUAGAACUUAAGUGUUGUGUGAGCAGCUUGGUCCUUAUCUGUGAAUUAACACUUCCUGUGGAUUCUCUGACACUGAAUGUGGAGCCAGUCCUGCUGAGACUGUUACAGUAACCCAGGUGGAUUUUCCAGCUAAUUCAAAAGGUUAUUCAUAUUUACUAAUUUUAGAUAAACCAUCCAAGAUUAUGAGAGUAACAUUUAUGAAUUCUGGGAGUGGAUUUCUUUUUGAAGAUGCUUUUUGUGAAACCAAGUCAGUGAUCUUACGACUGCUAGUGCAGAUAAAUUAGAGUCAUGGUCUGUUCAUAUUCAGUGCCAUAGAAAGAUGUUGUGGAAGUCAUUUUUACUAUUAACCUGUACACGACGCACACAUGCACACACCUCUGCUUGAUGUGUUUAAAGAGCAGAACAAUUGUGCUAUUAUUUAUUGUAAUAUAUAGUUUAUUUAUGUAUUUCUGGGGUGACGACAUUUUUAGUUUAUGUGCCAUGUUCAGAGGUUCAACAAUGUGGAAGUGCAUAAUUCAGGAAGAUGUAAUGCUGGAAUGUAAAAGUACUUGUCGUUAUGUGUUGUGGCCACUUGAGGGCAGCAGGAGAGCAAGUUAGUGUGAUGAUGCUCAUCUCUCUCCUCUGGUGUCAAGUGCUGUAAUGGAGAGGAAACCAACAUGAGGGUGUAUUUAGUGUUUUUAUUGGUCCAUGUCAUGACUGUUUAAAGUUAUGUUUUCCUCAAAGCACUGUUGUUUAAAACCUGUUUGCAUGAUAAAACAGAAAACACAAAGUUCACAAUGCAAGAGAGGACGUUGAUGUUGAAGGCUUUGUACUAAUGUAAUAUUGUUAAUGUGUAAAUAUAUGCCCAUGUUUGGUAUGUUGUUAGUAUUUAUCUGUUGUAAAUGAGAAAAAAAGUCAACCACAAAGCAAUACGUCUCCCCUCGUGUCCCUUCAACCUUCUGACAGCUGAAGCCACAUGUCUUUUCUAAAGCUGCGUUUUACUAUGUCAAAAUUUUACCGAAAAUGAAUAAAUUAUAGGUUUUAUGUGA